AUGGCUUUCUUCCAGACCCUAAAGAACAAAGCCGCCGAAUCGCUCUUCAACAAGAUAUCAAGCUACAAACCUUCGAAGCUAGAGCUAUUCAGAGAUGAAUUCAAAUUACCUUUAGAUGAAUCAAUUGUUGAGGAGUCGAAUGUCGAAAUAUCGUUCGAUUACCAAGAUAACGAUGAUUCGAUAUCUAUUUAUUUUGCAGGCAAAUUGUUUUUAACUCAGCAUUUUUUGGUAUUCAAGGACACUUACGAUGAAAAAGUUUGUUCUUUUGUUCUUCAUCUAAACACUAUCAAAAAAUUUAAAGAGAAACAGUUGAAUCAGUCAUUUUUGUUUGGUUUGACUAUUCAAACCUACUCUAAUUUGACUUUGACCAUUCAAUUUAUUGGAAUUAGAUCUAAUUCAGAGAGAUUUGCUUUUAAUUUUAAAAAAUUGUUGAAAAAAAAUUUAUCAAAUUUGAAAUUAUUAAAACCCUUUUUACUGACUCUCUACUCAGAGUAUUUAUUAGCGAAAAAUCUAAUUGGAACUGAUCCAGAAACCGCGGCCUCAUUGGUUCCUCCACAAGGUGGUUUGGGUCUAAUCUUCAAGUAUCCUGGAAAUCCAAAAGUUCUUAGGGAUAAAUCUAAGAUGAGAUUGUGGUUCAAUUACUUGAAAUCAAAUGGUAAAAACCUAACUCUUACCAAACAAAAUCUAUUCUACCGUUUGAUAAGAAUUGGUUUGCCCAACAGAAUAAGGGGCGAAAUCUGGGAACUAUGUUGUGGUUCAAUGUAUUUAAGAUAUCAAAAUCAAACUCUAUACCAAGACAUUCUCAAUGAAAAUAGUGGCAAAAAUUCUCAAGCAAUAGAAGAAAUCGAAAAGGACUUGAAUAGGUCUUUACCUGAAUAUCCUGCCUAUCAAAACGAAGAAGGUAUUCAUCGAUUAAGAAACGUUUUAACUGCCUAUUCAUGGAAAAAUCCAGAAGUUGGUUAUUGUCAAGCAAUGAAUAUAGUUGUAGCCGCUUUAUUAAUUUAUAUGUCAGAAGAGCAAGCUUUUUGGUGUUUAAGUGUUUUGUGUGACAAAUAUUGUCCGGGCUAUUACUCAAAAACAAUGUACGGAACAUUGUUAGACCAAAAAGUUUUUGAAGCAUUGGUUGAAAAGACAAUGCCCAUAUUAUGGGAACAUAUCAUUAGAAACGAUAUUCAACUAUCAAUUGUAUCUUUACCUUGGUUUUUAUCCUUAUUUCUCUCUUCAAUGCCUUUAGUCUUUGCAUUCAGAAUCAUUGACGUCUUUUUCCUCCAGGGUCCAAAAACAUUAUUCCAAGUAGCUUUAGCCAUUUUAAAAAUCAAUGGAGAAGAAUUACUAAGUACGACCGAUGACGGUACUUUUAUUUCAAUACUCAAAAACUAUUUUAGUAUAUUAGAUCAAUCUGCGCAUCCAAAUGCUAAAAAUGAAAAUUAUAGAAACAUAACAAAAUUUCAGGAAUUAUUAGUCGUUGCCUUUAAAGAAUUUUUUGUUAUAACUGAUGAUAUGAUUAUGGAAUAUCGUUAUAAACAUAAAGAUAAAGUAUUCCAAGAUAUUGAGAGUUUUGUCAAAAGAACUCAAAUUAGAAACUUGCCAAGAACUCCCAAUCUUUCUUCCGAAGAUAUUUCAAAUAUAUAUGAUAGAUAUUAUCAGAUUAUUCAACAAAAUUUGGACAAUCUUAACAAUGGAAUUUAUAAUAGUAACCCCAUCAAGGAUACUAAUUUUGGUUCUUCUUCUUUAAUGGAUUUUAAAAAAUUCCAAUUGUUCAUGUCUCAAACAUGCUAUUGGGUUAAUAUAACUGAUAGUGAACUUAUAAAUAACCUCCAAUUUAUCAAAAAUCAAGAGAGCUUUUUAUCAAGAUUAUUUUUAAAGUUUGCUAAAGAUAGAAACGGAAGCUUAAGUUUAAAUGAAUUAAUAAGGGUGAUUAAUAGAUUGGUUUGUAGAGAUUUAAUGAAAUCUCUUGAAAAUUUUUUCAAACUAUAUGAUACUCAAAAUACUGGUUUUAUUGACAAAGAUGGUAUUUUGCAAAUGUCUGAAGGUUUAUUAUACUUGACUACAAAAUUAUCUGAAGGUUUAUUAUUUGAUAAAAUAACAGAAAAAAAAAUCCAAAAUGCUUAUGACAAAAAAUUUAACUCAUUUCAAGAAGAAAUUGAAAAAAAGAUCAAUGAAAUAUUCUCUAAUACUCAAGCCAAAGUAUUACCAGAGGAAAUUAUUAUUGACAAAAAAAUUUAUCAACAUGAGCAGAUGGAAAGGUAUUUAUUAGCCGCUAGUAAUUUUAUUCAAAGAGCAUUUGAAUAUGCUCAGCCAGUAGAACCUAUUGAAAAAAAUUUGCUUCAAAUCGACGAUCUGAAUAAUGAUUUUGCUUUAACUCUUAAGGCAAAUAAAGCAUUAAACGAUAAACCUUUAAUAAUGGAUUUGGCCACUUUUCGUAUGGUCAUAUUAGCUGAUGAAACAUAUGAACUAUUUUUCACAAAUACCUUACCAGAUUCUAUUCAAGUCAAGGGAUUCCAUAGCUCCAAUGAUAAUAGAGAUAAUAGAAAGUUGAGGGAUAUGCUAGAUAGUUUGUUUGCAGAUGGUAGGAGAAUGGCAAAUGAAGUGCGUAAACGUAUUGACAAUAAUGUUGGAAAUGGAGGUUCUCCAUCUGAUAAUGCCAGUAUUACCAGUGGAAGAAGUUCGAGAAGAGCAACAAUUAACUCUAGCAUCAAUUAUGAAGAAGAAGACGAUGAUUUUGCAAUCAACAACAACGAUGUUCAUGAUCAAGAUUUACUUCUUGGAGCUGAAAUAAAAGUUUUAAAUGAUAUACCAACCAGUAGCUUGACAUCAAACGAA